CUGACUUCUUCUACCGUGAGCUCAACUUCCUGGAUACGCGUUCAGAAAAACAGCCAGGCUGGAUUUACUGCUGCUGUUUAAACUGAGUUUCCAUGAACUUAUUGUCUAAAGAAACAAGACGACGUUUUGUUCUGACGAUAAAUGUCCAUGAAUUACAGAUGAUAACGUAAACCGGAGGGUGAGGCGGUGGGCGCAGAAAGUCGCAGAGAAAGAGCGCCACGUCACUGAAAGGCGGAGGAGAAAGUAGUCCCCGCCGUGAGACAGCUGCUGUCACCGUGUGAUUUUAGAUUCCUGGUCGAGGGGGUCCAGUCAACAAGCUGGUCAAAAUGACGGCGUCCAACUACGGGUUCAUCGUGAACGUGGUGAACAGCAUCGUUGGAGUCAGUGUGCUCACCAUGCCCUUCUGCUUCAAACAGUGUGGGAUCGUGCUGGGUGCUCUCCUGUUGUUCUUCUGUUCCUGGAUGACCCACAAGUCCUGCAUGUUUCUGGUCCACACAGCCAGCAACACAAAGAGAAGGACAUACGCAGGACUGGCCUUUCAUGCUUAUGGGAAACCAGGGAAAGCUCUGGUGGAGCUGAGUAUGAUUGGUCUGAUGUUGGGCACCUGCAUUGCCUUCUAUGUUGUGAUAGCUGACCUGGGCUCCAAUUUUUUCGCUCAGCUGUUAGGUUUACAGGUGACGUUUGGUUUCCGUGUGCUGCUGCUGUUCGCUGUGUCUCUAUUUAUCGUGCUCCCUCUGAGUCUGCAGAGGAACAUGAUGUCCUCCAUCCAGUCCUUCUCUGCCAUGGCUCUCAUGUUUUACACUCUGUUCAUGUUCACGAUAGUGUUGUCGUCACUGCGCUAUGGCAUUAUCUCGGGUUCCUGGGUGGAGCGGGUUCACCUGUGGCGUUUGAAGGGCGUCAUUCAGUGCCUGCCCAUUAUCGCCACAACCUUCUGCUGUCACCCAUGGUGCUGUCCUCGUUCAAACACGGGCUGCUCAGCGGCUGGUGGCUAGAGCAGGUCAAUGUGGUGCGCUGGGAGGGUGUGUUUCGCUGUCUUCCCAUCUGUGGGAUGGCCUUCGCCUGUCAGUCGCAGGUGCUGCCGACGUAUGACAGCCUUGACGAGCCAUCCGUCAAACGCAUGAGCACCAUCUUCACCUCAUCCCUCAACGUAGUCACCAUCUUCUACAUCACUGUGGGUUUCUUUGGCUACGUCAGUUUCACAGAGAACAUCGCUGGAAACGUCCUGAUGAACUUCCCGUCUAACUUGGUGACAGAGAUGAUCCGUGUGGGCUUCAUGAUGUCUGUUGCCGUUGGAUUCCCAAUGAUGAUUCUUCCCUGCCGCCAGGCCAUCAAUACUAUGCUGUUUGAGCAGCAGCAGAAGGAUGGGACGUUUGCUGCUGGCGGAUACAUGCCUCCUCUGCGCUUCAAGAUGAUCACACUCUGCAUUGUGUUUGGCACCAUGCUGGGAGGCAUUCUCAUCCCCAACGUGGAAACUAUUCUGGGUCUGACUGGAGCCACCAUGGGGAGCCUCAUCUGCUUCAUAUGCCCCGCUCUCAUCUUCAGAAAGAUCCAGAAGAAUAGCCUGCUUGCUCAGCUGGUGCUCUGGGUUGGUCUGGGCAUCCUUCUGAUCAGCACCUUCACCACCCUUUCCAUCUCAGCCAGCAGUCCCACCGUCAAGGUCCAACCUCCUCCUCCUCCAGCACCUGACAAGAACAACCUGCUGCUGCCAGACCUCCCUGAGCUGCAUGACAACUCUCCAAAUAAGAAGCCAGUGGAGAUGGAAAAGCCUGCCCUUCCAGAUGUGGAGGUGGUUAAACCUGUAGAGAGGGUCCAAGCUGAGCCCCCCCAGAUUAAAGGGCCAGGGGAGGUACCCGAGAGGAAGAAGCAGGAAGAAGUGCAGCUGGAUCGCCCUGAUGCGGGUGUUGCAGUUCCAGAAGGGGGGGCCCAUCGCCAUGAACCUCCCAUCCCUCAUGACUCAGUUGAGGUUGUCCCAAGGAAGAACAACGCAGAGCUAGAAGAGGACAUAAAACAACCUGUCCCUCCUGCUGGAGAUGCACCAAAGAAAGAUGCAGUGGAGGCAGAGGGUAGCAAAGAAGAGAAAGAUAAACAAAAGCCUGUUGUUGUGAAGAAAGAGGAAGUGGAUUUGGGUGGAGGUGAAGUUCUGUCUAACGAGGUGCUGGAGAAGCAGGUUGUAGAUGCAGGCAGUAAGCAAGAAGUUCCCCCACUGAAGAAUGAAGUGGAGCUUAAUCCUUCAAAAGAGAAGGUAGUCCUAGAAGAAAACAAGGAAGCAGCAGCACAAGAAGAAAAUGUGGCCAAAGCUCCUGAUGCUGCAGGAAAACGUUCACUCCCUGAAGGAGAACACCAGCCUGCUGCAGCUGCAGACAGCAAGGAUACAGCAGAUGAAAAGUUGGAAGAGGGCCAGCUGGAUCAUGCCGUCCUGCUGCAGGUGAUCAAGGAGCAGCAGGUGCAGCAGAAGAGGCUUCUGGACCAGCAGGAGAAACUUUUGGCUGUCAUAGAAGAGCAACACAAGGAGAUCCAUCAGAAACAGCCUGCUGGGGCUGGUGAAGGCGAGGCAGAGAAAGGCAUCCAGGAACACUUGGAUGUGGUGGAGGGAGGAGCAGCAGAAAAUCCUAAAGAGCCUGGCCUAGCCUCAGACCUGAAGCAGCCCAACGAGGGAGCUGGGGCUGCAGCUGGAGCUCCACAGGCCAGAGCAGAGGAGCCUCAAGUUGUAGCCCAGAAUCAAGCCCAGGCUGUGGGUCAGGGUGCUGUGGUCGGGGCUCCUAAAGCAGUCGUUAAAGCAGCUUACAAAGAGGAUAGCCCCGACGCAGCAGGAGGAGGAGAGCCCCAGAAGCAGAGUGAGCUGGGGGCAAGGGGAGUGCCACUGGGAAAUAAAAUACCUGAUGACCAUCAGCCUGAACCUCAAAAUAAUCAGGUAGCUCAAAUUAGAACUGAAGAAAAAAGAUUAGAUAAGGAGAAAGAACGACUAGAGAAAGAGGUUCGGGUGAAACUGGAAAAAGAAAAGUUAGAGAGGGAGCUAGAUAGGGAGAUAAAGGAGAAACUGCUCAGAGAACAGGAGUUGGAAAAGAAGCAAGCUGAGAAAGAAAGGAUACAAAAAGAAGUGGAGGCAAGAGUAGAAAAGGAGCGACUGGAAAGGGAGAGACGGGAGAGGCUGGCUAAAGAACAGGAGCUGGAGAAAGAAAGAGCGCUGAGGGAGAAACUAGCACAGGAGAAAGAAGUAGAAGAGAGACUGAAGCUUAAGAUCCAGGAAGUAGACAAUGAAAUACUUCAGAGGAAGAAAGUGGAGGAGGAGGAGGCUCGGGUGAAGCUGGCCCAAGCGGAGCAAGACGUUGAGGCCAGAGUUGCGGCACAGGGGGCUGGAGGUCCAGAGGGAGAAGCUUUGAAGAACGGAGGACGAGACCUCAAAGAGAACGCUGCAGAUCAGGCCGACCCCAGAGGAGGAGCAGAAGACUCGGCCGUCAGAGCCAAGGUUCAGCCUCAGGGCUCCCACGAGAAGGUCAGGGAGCAGGGAGAGAUGGAUCUGAGGAGGAAGCGCAGGGCACUGGGAUCUACACAGGCCAAAGGAGCCUCAGAGGAGACUGGUGCGUCCAGGGGGGUGCCUGGGCUGGAGCCCCUGCUGGAGCUGGGGGGCCCAGACCUGCACGCAGCCUUGGAGCAGCAGCUAAUGGCUGCUGCUCUAGUGCACUCACGGCAGAUUAAACAGACCUCAGAGGACAAGGGGGCGAAAUAAUACACACCAAACACACACGCAGAUAACUAAACUAUACCUGCAAAGAGCCUGUAAAACUGUGGACCAUGAUACCGUCGCCUUACAGUCUUUCUUGACUUAAGAAAUGUUUUGGACUAAGAGGAAUAUUUUCUCCUUCACCAUACUGUGUGCUUCAGAAAUAACCCAAAGUCUUUAUUUAAGAGCAAAGUGUCUGUAAAUAGUAACUUAUUUUGUCUGUAAGGGGGAGAGCUUGGAGAGGUUACUGUUGAAAUGCUUCUGAAUCUAUGCAAAUACCAGUCUGUGUGGAGUAUUUAGACAGGGUGAAUAAAUUAAUGUAUGUAUGAGUCGAUGAAGUCUCUCUUGAUUCACCAGCUUCCUAGGAUCUGUUUGUUUAUUGUCACCUGUGUAUUUUUAAAGUUGUGGUCAGUUUGGUCGAUCUGUUACUUUCAAGUGUUAAUAUUGUAAAUUUGAAGUGUGGUUAAUGUCGAGGGAUUUUUGAACCUGACUUGACCACAUAUUGGAUGUAACGUGGGUUUGAGCGCCUUAGUGUCUUUUCGCUAUACUUUCUAAUGAAAGUAACUGAUUUGAGCCUCCCGCCGGAGGUACGAGGUGUAUAGUAGUGUAGCCUUGCUGAUAAAUAAACUGUUGGCAGUGAAGCAGCUUGAUCCACUGGGUCCAUGAUUGUAGUUACUUAUCAUUCCAUCUUCAACAUCUCCUCUGUGUUGAUUUAUCAGUGCCUUCUAAUCAAUAUGCUGCAGUGGUAAUGUAUCAAACAAACCAAUGACUUUAUUAUUUUGGUCUUUUUCCUCCAUUAGACCUCUUACUGUAAACAUUACGCCAUUUAUGAAACAAGUUUUGUACGUUGUGUUGAGGACAUAUGUUGAGGGCUUUUCUUAGUAAUCAAACUUCUCUGACUCCAACCGAUAGCACUUCCACACAUGCUGGACCCAUGCCUUGUACCAGAGGCUAUUUUUAUGACUAUUUUUUAUGUGCAUUGUCUUUCUGUACAUUUUGCUUAGAAGAAUAAAUGAAACGUCUUUAUUGCA